AUGUAGCUUCGAAGUUGUAAGUUUAACCAGCCUCCUAGAAGAUAAUAUAUAUCCCCAUAUCAAAUAUUUUAUUAAGAACAAUUGAAUAUAUUGUUGAGCCAAGGAGUUUGCAUUAAUAUGGUUGGUGGUCCCAUCUCAAAAGCCUGGUAGGAAUUGACAUCUGAAAUGCAUGAAUAUUAUGAAGAGUAAUUUGAAUAAUGCGAAGAACAAUUUUAGGAGUAGCUAAUCUACUUUUAUGGUGGUAAUCAAAAACACAUCAAUCAAUUGAAUGAACUCAAAAAUAUUCCUUCUAAACCCAAAAAGCCUCUCACUCCUUAAUUUGAAUAUAUAAUUAAAAAUAGGUACAAAUUUUAAUCUAGAAUAAUCAAUUGGAAAUAGUCUUUUUCAUUUUUAGUCCAAGAAUAUUUUAAAUAGUCUUAAAAUGUUAGAGAACAAUUAGAAUUCGAUUUUGAAAGAAAAAUGAAAGACUACAAAGAAGCCAUUGAAAAAUGGAAUUAAAUGUAUGCUGAAAAAUAUAAAACUUUAGAAAACAAUACUAUUGAAAUUUAUAACAAAUAAAAGACUGAAAAUGAUUUUGAGUACUAAGAAUUACAAUUUUUCAGACCUAUUAGAAAAUUGAGAACAAAUAAAAAAGAGGAUCCUGCAUAAACAUACAUUGAUUUUAAAAAUGUCAAGAAAUAUCCAAAUAGGAAUGAAGAUUUUGGUUUGAGAGAGCUACAGACUAAUACAGAACAAUUUGCAGAAGAGGUUCAACAAUUAGCAUCUAAAUAAACAAAGAAGGCAAGACAAUUUUGA